UUAGCAUGAGUUCUCACCAAUGAUAUGACAUGAUUAAAUUAAAUAAUGGCUUGAGCAUGCAAUUAUGCAAAGAUCCACCAUACACACGGCACCACACGGCUGGUUCUUGCUGCCAAUUGCUGGAACAUGAUAAUUGACGGCUCAUCUCGGGGACAACGAACGCACUAAGAGAUGUACUGAACAUGAGACGACUUUGGCGUUUGUAUCUAUAUGCUGCUGCCAGAUCUCGAGCUAUAGGGGACAGCAUCUGGGAGAUGAAAUGGCACGAUUCUUCAUGUCUAGAAAUCAAAUACUCCUGGUUGUAUACUUCUGUGUAUAUAUAGGGCUCAGCAGAAUGGUAGACGCAUCAAACCAAAAGGCACUCUUUCUUCAGCUCCUUUCUUCACCCACAAUACGGAGAAAAGCCUCAAGAUCAGAUAUGGCUUUCCACCUAAGAUCGAUAAGUUUGCCUUCUAGGCCUCACAUCAGUGAGACGGAAGUCCAACAAGAGCUGCUGAGCCUAGAGGCAAGCAUCUCUUCCUCCAUUACCAUCGGCACAAUGUGCGAGGGUCUUAUGAGGCUUGGAAACAUCUACAAUGGCGUUGAAGAAAUCAUUGGCCUACCAAGCAACCAAGUUUGCUCCGCCCAGGAGAGGAAGGUGUUGGAUGGAGAAAUGGAAGGUUCUCUCCAGCUACUAGAUCUCUGCAGCACCAUGCAAGAGAUCUUCGUCGAGAUGAAAGCCAUUAUCCAAGAGCUGCAAGUGGCACUAAGAAAAGGAGAUGAAGCAACUUCUCAAGCCAAGAUCCAGUCUUACACUCUCUUGACAAAGAAGGCCAAGAAACAUUUCAAGAAGACCGCGAAGAAGGCUACUUCUGAAGGUUGCAGGAUGGUCAUGCUAUUGACCAAGGCUAGAGAGGUCUCUAUCUCUCUGCUGGAAUCCACAGUCCUCCUCUUGUCAAAGCAAAUUCAAAUGCGCAAACAGUCUCUUAUCUCCAAGGCAUUUCACAAGACGAAGAAGCCAGUUGUUUGUGAGGAGGAAGAAUUGCAGGAGCUGGAGUGCAGCAUUGGAGAUCUUGAGAAUGGAGCAGGACAUCUGUUCAGGAAAUUAGUCCAGAGCAGAGUUUCCCUCCUAAACAUUCUUAGCUCAUAGAUACUCCACAUCAUUCUUUGUGAACUGUGAUUGGCAUCCGCCUUUUUGAGGAUUAGCCAAUCUUGAUACAGUUUUCCAGUAUGUAUACCAUAUACAGUACAAAUGUACAGAAUAUUACAGAGAGAAAAGGCAAAGUUUUGAUCUAUUUCAUGUC